AAAGAUGCAUUUGUUCUUCUUGUUAUUAACAGUAAGCCAAAUAACAUAUUUCGACGUAAUGGCAUCCGUAAAUCUUGGGGUGAUGGUAGCACACAAAUCAAACAAAUGAAUCAUCCUUAUGCUUGGAGAACAAUUUUUGUUAUUGGCCGCUCUACUGAUGCAUACAUUAAUCUUACUGUUGAAAAUGAAGCUAAGCGUUAUGGUGAUAUCUUAAUUGGCCAAUUUAUUGAUCAUUUUAAAAAUUUAACGGAAAAAACGAUAUUAGGCAUGUACUGGGCUGCAACGUAUUGCCGUCCACAAUAUUACUAUAAAGGUGAUGAUGAUGUUUUCGUCAAUCAGGCCAAUCUCUUUCAUUACUUAAUUCAACGAAAUCGUCAAUUAAGUAGGCGUCCUGAUCUUCAAUUAGCCCCAACUUUAUGGGCUGGUAAUGUUGGUGAAAAGAAUCGUGAUGUAGUACGCCAGAAUACAAGUAAAUAUUACGUGUCUUAUAAAGACUAUAGCCGAUCAAUUUAUCCGAAAUAUUGUUCAGGAUUUGCCUACAUUAUGUCAGCUAAUGUUUUAAAAGGUAUGUUACACGCAGUACAGUACAAGAGGAAAAUUCAAUCGAUCGAUGACGUAUUUAUUGGCAUGCUUGGCCAACAAAUUGGAUUAGUUCCGACUCAUGAUCAUCGAUUU